CGAGGUGGGCGGGAGAAUGUGCAGCCCGGGAAGGAAAAGACAGUGACGGGAGGACUGAGCUUGGACCCAGCUGACGCAUGCGCAAGCACGGCCCUAUAUAAAGGCUUGGCGCCGGCGCCAGCUGAGCGUACUCCAGGUUUGGGCGGCAGGAGAAGCUGAGGUGCAAGAUUUUUCAGGGACUAGAACAUGACCUGUGUGGGCAGUUGCCCAGCUGACUUCCUGUUCAGGCACAAGACUGUAAGAGGAAAUGGGUACCUUUGAAGAACGCUUGGCAUAUUCCUGACUCUAUGUUCCAGUGCCCCACCAGGAGCUUAGGGCAACCAUUUGGAAUCUUAAUAAGAUGUCAAGACGCAGUAGUCGUUUACAAGCUAAACUGCACCAGCCCUGCCAGGAUACAUCUCCAAAAGAACUGCAAGUGCCAGACAUUCUUCAGAACAGGAAAAGAAAAGCAAUGCAGGAUACCAAAAGAAAAGAAGAAAAUACAAGACAUCAGUAUGAAAUUCAGAGCUGUUGGCCAUCCACAAUAUCAGGCGGCAUCUCUCCGUGCAUAAUAAUCGAAACGCCUCACAAAGAAGCAGUAACCACAGACUUCUCCAGAUUCAAAAAAUACAGGUUCAGAAAUCUCUUCAUAAAUCCAUCACCUUUACCUGAACUUAGCUGGGGAAAUUCUAAAGACAUCUGGUUCAACAUUCUGAAGAAAGAAAACAAAUAUUCUCACUGCAAGCAUUUCACGUCUCUACACUUGAGCCUACAGCCACACAUGAGAUCAAUUCUAUUGGACUGGCUUCUCGAGGUAUGUGAAGUAUACACCCUCCAUAGGGAAACGUUCUACUUGGCACAAGACUUCUUUGAUCGGUUCAUGUUGACUCAAAAGAACAUAAACAAAACAAUGCUUCAGCUCAUAGGAAUUACAGCAUUAUUCAUAGCUUCCAAACUUGAGGAGAUAUAUGCUCCCAAACUACAGGAAUUUGUCUAUGUUACCGAUGGUGCUUGCACUGAAGAUGAUAUUAUAAGGAUGGAGCUCAUUAUUCUAAAGGCUCUAAAAUGGGAACUUUGCCCAGUAACGAUAGUCUCUUGGCUGAAUCUUUAUCUCCAAAUGGAUGCUCUAAAAGAUGAUCCAAAGGUGCUGCUACCUCAGUAUUCUCAGAAGAAGUUCAUCCAAAUAGCACAGCUUUUGGAUCUCUGUAUUCUAGAUGUCAAUUCUCUGGACUUCCAGUACAGGACAUUGGUGGCGGCUGCACUCUGCCAUUAUACUUCAAUAGCAGUAGUUAAGAGAGUGUCAGGCUUGGAUGCAGACAGUAUUUCAGAAUGUGUAGAGUGGAUGAAACCAUUUGUUGAAAUAGCAAAAAAGAACCCCGUGAAAUUAAAGAACUUUAAAAAGAUUGCUGCAGAAGACAGGCAUAACAUACAGACCCACACAAACUACUUGGACUUGCUGGAAGAAGUUAAGUAUGAAGUCACUGCUGCAGUACCAGGCCAGCUUUCACCAAUAUCUACAGGAGGAAUAAUUACCCCUCCCAAAAGCUCUGAAAAGUGAAAUUUCCACUUAUCCACAAGCCAUGUCCCAGGAACUGUCUCUUACAGAUACUGGAACUUUGCCAUUUCGACAUGUGGCUGGGAAGACUAUCAACUGACACAAGGAAGCUUAAAUGCAAGUGCCUUGAGGCAGCCUAACCACUCCACCUCCCGAAUACAUGAGCAGUGACGAAUUAAGGACAUAACCGAUUAAUGAACUUUCAGUUUUAUGACAGCUGAGUCUGUCAGUGGUUUAGUUGGAGAUGUACUUAACAGACUCCAUCUAUCAAUGACCUAAAGUUCAUGGUGGUUUUGCAGCAGGGGGGAGUGUACACAGGUGAGAAGAAUGUCUUCUUCCCUCUCUUGCUGUCAGUACUAUGUACAGUAUGAAACCACACUCAACAGUAUGAGUGAGAUUUCAGCUUGAAUAAGAAGCACAGCUACCCUGGCCUGUUGUGAAUAGGUUGUGCCUAAAUACCUACUGAUCUACACUUACUUGUGUAGCUAUGUAAUGAGUUAGCUUAUUGAAUUUCAAAAGCAAACUACACCCUAAAGAAACUGCAGUAAGGAUACGCAAGACGUGUUCUACCCCUAUUCCUAGAUCAAAGGGUAAAACUGCUGCUGCUCACAAAUGAAUUGGAAAAAGUGCCUUUGCAGUGAGCAACUGUCAGUCAAGUCUACCUCUGGUCAUGAGGUGCUAUUCUAUCUUCUGCACAAAAAGGGAAAAAGCCGACUGGUAUAGAAAGGACUGUUUAAAAGUACCAGGGACAGCUAUGCUCUGCCUUAAGUGUCACUCAGUACUUCAGUUUACACUUGUUCGUUUUACAAUGCAUUACAAAAGAACCUACUUCUGUAUAGGUUUGUAAAGAGAGGUGGGAUUUAAGUCUUUAACAUAGGAAAAUACCACACAGUAUGUUUAUAAAUGUAUUGUAUAAAAAAGUCUGAGUUAAAUAAAGUGUUGGAAUAUCA